AUGUCAACAGCCACGUCAGGUCCUAGGCUCCCCGAGAUCCCAGCUCUUCAAGGCGACGACUCAAUGUUGACUCGACGUUUCGGAAAAGAAGUUGUCAAUUAUUACGCUGGUGGUCGUAUCAACCGUUUCUCUUUCCUUCGCGCCGACACUGGUUUUCUUCGAAAGGCCGCUGUUACUCCAACAGCUCGAUAUCUGGCCCUCAACGAACUAAACCUGUUGGCCCUCGACAAGAAGACGCCGGCGUACUUCACCUUUAAAGAAGUUGAGUCUGUGAUCGGGUCAGAACCCUUUGCUCUCACUGAAGAUGAAGCUAUCCAAAGUUUCGACUCAGCCAAGACCAAGCCUCUCAUUGUCUUUCUUGGUAUGCUAGAGGAGGGAAAUGAGAGCGAUAAGAUUGAAUCUAGCGACCACGGUGAUAUCCAGGGCCACCCUUACUUUGCCAUCGAUAUUACCCCUAAAGGCACUCAUGUUGAGAAAGUAACCAGCUUCUUGGCAGAGCAGGAGAAGAAGGGAAUAUCAGCAGACAAGAACCCCCGUGCUAUGUCCCAGUCACCCGAUGCCGCCGCCCUAUACGCUCAAGCCAGAUCUAUGAUCGACUGGAACUCGCGAAGCCCCUUCUGUGCUGGUUGCGGGCAGCCUAACCUUUCUGUUCAUGCUGGAUUCAAGCGCGUCUGCCCACCUGCAGACAAGAAAGGUGGCGAGAGCAGUGAGCCUCGAGCCGACUGUCCCACUCGACACGGCGUAUCCAACAUCUGCUUCCCUAGAACGGAUCCCACUAUGAUUGCCGCUGUUGUUUCUGCAGACGGGACAAAGAUUCUUCUCGGUCGCCAGAAGCGCUGGCCUCCUUACUGGUACAGCACACUUGCUGGUUUCUUGGAGCCAGGUGAGUCUAUCGAGGAGUCAGUCAGGCGUGAGGUUUGGGAGGAGAGCGGAGUUCGUGUUGGACGUGUUGUUAUUCAUUCGAGCCAGCCUUGGCCUUAUCCUGCUAGUCUUAUGAUUGGAGCUAUCGCCCAGGCGCUCCCUGGUGACGGAGAGAAGAUCAACCUGAAUGAUAAGGAGCUGGAGACGGCCAAGUGGUUCACCAUGGAGGAGGCUAGCAAGGCUCUUCGAAACGGAACGAGCAGUCUGGGAGAGGCUGCUCCUGAGGGAUACACGGAGGGUGACUUGCGAUUACCGCCUGCUCAAGCUAUCGCCAACCGUUUGAUCACGGCAGUUGUUGAAGGAUAUCUGAUUGUCGCUCCUAAGAUUUAG